AUGGUCACUUUGAGGAACGUUCCCAAAUACUACAGUCAUGAAGUCUAUGAAAGGUUCAACAAUCGCAUGUCCCACUAUGCUCUCCGGAGUCAGAUCAUGGCAUACUACAAUAGCCUGAGAGCUCUGCUGGAAGAUUUCCCAACCAUCAGGAACACCUUUUUUAUGAUUGGACAGCCACAAGAAAAGAAGGGGUUGAGAGAUUCCAAAGAAGGCCUCAAGACUGACCUCAGGAGUUUUCAGCCGCGUCCGAGCUGUUUGCUGUCUGCUGACGGAAAAGUCUUCCUCAAUUUAUGGUUCAUACCUCAACCAUCUGAAGUGCUGAUUUUGUUCAAAACUCUGCCAGAAAAGGCCGCUUUCAGAGCCUUACAGCUAACACUACGAUUGACUGCCUCUCUCCAUGAUAUUGUGGCCUACCUCUGCAGUUUUGCCAAACUUGGAAACUGCCCUGCAUGUUUUGAGUCCCCUCUGAGUCCUAAUCCUUUGAGAGGUGACUGGGGAGGAACUGAGGGCAUUGGAUCUGAACUUGAAGAGUUGCAGAAAAUGAUUGACAGCCUGCCGAAUCCCCAAGACCCCAGCCAGGUGGCGCAGGCACUCCUCCUCCGCAGGGAGGUUCUGUUCCUGCAGUUUGACGCUGCAGUGAGGCAUCAAAUCCGAAGAACAUUUUUGGCAGCUGGAAAUGUUUCUGCUUACCAAUCUGUCACAGACGGCAUGCACCAUGGGUUACCGCCAAUGAGCAGCUCUCUCGUGAAGAGCCUAUUUUCUUCCCAGCUUGGUCUGCCCCAGCCACUGGAUCCUCGCAGCCUCCAGGCUGUUGUACUAUUCCCUUGGAGAGCAUUUAUGGAAGAUGAUGGACCAUUUCCAGUUAUGUGUAGCAGCCCAGACACUCUAGAAUACAAUAUGCAGGUAGGAUAA